AUCUUUAUGUUUCAGCUUUAAAUAUAGUUUUAUGUAGUUUAUGCCUCAAUUAAAGUCAAGUCUUCAAUAAUACAUAUGUUGUGGUGUCCAUCUGUGUCAGUGGUGUGUCCUGCUGUUACUUCCUCUUUUGAAAGCUGCCCAACCCAAAGACAAACAAGCAGACAGUGAAGCUGUUCACUAAGUUUUCAGUGUUUCAAAAUGUCUGCAAGGAUUCUCGCUGCACCAGAUUCAAGCUUGAAUGUGAGAUAUACCGGAAGAGUUCAAGACAACAGAGGAGCGGGAGAGGAGAAUCAGCUGGAGAUCUCAGAGGAUGAAAAGCAUCACGCUGAUCCUGGGUCACAAAAAGCAAGACCUCAGACUCCAAAGAAUCGUGUCAGAAGAAGGUGUUUUACUGCAGCGACUCUGGGAGUGAUGUAUCUUCUGAUAUUGGCUGGAGUCUUCAUACGCUAUAUUUCAGUCACUUUGGAAAAAGACCAGCUGCAGACCAGAUACGACAAACUGUACAACAACUACAGCGAGCUGCAGGGACAAAUUUCAGGGAAGUGUUGUCCUGAAGGAUGGAAGAGAUUUGGAUUCAGCUGUUACUUUAAAUCCAAUGAGGAGAAAACUUGGUAUAACAGCAGAAGAGACUGUCAAAGUAGAGGAGCAGAUCUGGUGAUCAUAAACAACAAAGAGGAACAGGUGAGUGUGUUUGUUACUGAGUGUGUGAUCUUAGAUGUAGCUGCCAGUGAUCUGUUACUUCUGUUUUUGACCUGCAGCCAGUCGGCUUCCUAUGACGACGCAUUGCCACAAAUAUAUACUCUAUAUAGACACGUAAAGUUCAGACCACAGUGUAAAAGCUCUCUAGCUCUGUGUGUAUGUGCUCCUCUCUGUAUCUGACUGCCUGGGCUCAACACAAGGACCUGAGUGUGUGUAAGCAAGCAUUUGUGCUGUUGGGCAGAGGUAGGACACACAGCAGAGUGAGGGAGCACAGUAAGACAGUGCACAGUAAGAACGCCCUGUCUCUAGCACACAGCACAAAAGACACCAGCUCACCAGGACAUUCCACAAAGUCAGGUUAUGGUUGAGAUAUUAUGAUCAGCAGUAAGCACGCCAAGGCCACAGAGAGGGGGAGCAGCGUAGCCGGGCCGAGAAUGCAA